UGAAGACAGAAGAUAAGCAGUUGUUUUUAGUUAUGGAACCCACAACGAUAAGAGAGGGAUACUUAGUGAAAAAGGGUACAGUGCUGAAGUCAUGGAAGGUGUUAUGGGUGGUGUUAGCAGAUGAUGCUAUUGAAUUUUACAAAAAGAAGACAGACAGCAGUCCAAAGGGAAUGAUCCCUAUGAAGGGAGCAGCUCUGACCAGCCCAUGCCAGGAUUUCAAUAAGAGAACGUUAGUGUUUAAGGUCAGCACAGCGAAGAACCAGGACCAUUUCUUUCAAGCGACCCACCUAGAGGAAAGAGAGCUUUGGGUGAAAGACAUCAAGAGAGCAAUCACAUGUUUACAGGGGGGAAAGACGUUUGCCAGGAAGUCAACGCGACGAUCCAUUCGAUUACCGGAAAAUGUUAACCUCAGUGAACUGUAUGUUUUAAUGAAAGAUCAAGACACAGGGGUUAAAGAGCUGAAGCUAGAGAAGGAUAAAAGACAAUUUAAUCACUGUUUCACAGGAAACACCGUGAUUGACUGGUUGAUCUCUCAAGGAAAGACUAGGAACAGAGCUGAGGGGUUGAUGCUGGCCACUGGACUGCUCAAUGAGGGCUUCCUACAGCCUGCGGGAGAGAUUUCCAAAUACGGGGCAGAAAAAGGAGCAGAAUGUGCUUUCUUGGACCAAACAGAAGCUCUUUAUUAUUUUGCAGAUAGUGGGUUUUUUUGUGAGGGAUAUUCCAGCGAUGAUGAUGCGAUUGUGAAGGAGGAGUUCAGAGGUGCAAUAGUCAAACAGGGCUGUUUGAUGAAGCAGGGUCAUAGAAGAAAGAACUGGAAAGUCCGGAAGUUUAUCCUCAGAGAUGAUCCUGCUUAUAUCCACUAUUAUGAUCCAACAAAGGGUGAGGAAGAUCCACUUGGUUCCAUUCACCUGCGUGGAUCAGUUGUGACUGCAGUUGAAUAUGUGCCUGACGCCAAGAGGCACGAUAUUGUUGGGAAUCUCUUUGAAAUCAUCACUUCAGAUGAGAUACACUACUUCCUGCAGGCAGCUUCAACUAAUGAGUGCACAGACUGGAUCAAAGCCAUACAAAGUGUGGCAAAAUGUGGCAAAUAACCAUAUAAGACUCAAGCAGCAGUCCUAAUCUAUCCUGUAAUUUGAAGAACAAAAAACUAAUUUGAAGAGUCAUGCCUGUUAAUAUAUGCAGGGUUUUAUGUUAAGGACCUGUUUGAAACUCACAGUUUUGCCUACGCAUCAAACAUGUUCCCCUUUCAGCACCCUCCCCCCACCAAUAUUAUUUUUUUAAUUUGUUGUUACUUUUCCUUCAUCAUUAACAUAAAACAAGAGGCUUUCUAAUUAUCAUCUAAUACACAUUCUUACUAUAGUGACAGGAUGUGGGCUUUUCACUGUUUCCCCAUUGUGAAAGAUACUGUACUAGCACUCAAACCCAUCCAGAACUGUCAACACUGUGGAAACUGAUAAGGGAACCUACAAUGUCCAGUAGUUUCCUGUUUUUAUUUUAAGCAUAAUACUUCCUGUUUAUCUACAUGAGUUGGUCGAAUAAAGAAAGAUAUGUUACAACAGGCAGUCUGGAGGAGGUCAUGCAAGAAAAAAAUGUGUCAGAUCAGCUCAGCCCUGCUGUGCUCUGUACUGAUAAAGAGGUCAUACAGUACAUCGGCUAAAAAAUCACAUUGAUUCAUCACACCAGCUGGUUAAAUGUCAUUGCAAAAAUGGCUAAGAAAAGCUCUAGCAUAAUAAUUUUUUUUUGGUUUUCGGGUGCAUGCCACUUAGUUUGAUAUUUUGUUUCUAAUUCAAUGAAGUUCAGACAUUUUGAAGUGUGGUUUAAGUGUCCAAAUGUGGACAAAUACUAUUUUGGGGUCACUAUAUGUUUACUUACAAUAAGAGAUGAUUCCUGUUUUUAUUAACCCCUUAAACCAUCAGGUCUAGUGGGUAGGGCCAAUAGUAUGUAAUACAUUUACACUAAAGAUGUAAAAGUCCAGAUGCAUAAAUAAUCGUGGUACAAUUUGAAAUCUUUUGAUUUAAAACAAAAAACAGAUCAUUAUAUGUUCAUGUUAACUAAUUGACUAUUAACUAUAUGUAAACUAACAAGUUAUCUAGUAUUAAAGGAAUAGUCCUCUCAUCAUUUACUCACCCUCAUGUCAGAUGUGUAUGACAUUCUUUCAUCUGCUGAGCAAAACAAUGAUUUUCAGAAGCAUAUUUCAGCUCUGUAGAAUAUAGUAGAUUUUAUAGUAGAUUUUUAUAUAUCAAAUGUAGAAAAGUACUAAUAUAGAAUAGCCUGGACUAUGUGUGACCCAGGAGAAGGCAUAUGAGGAAACUAAAAGUAUUAUGCAAGAAACACACUGUGCACUCAGUUGUAGCACAGACAAUGAUACAAGAAAGCACUGGGAACAAGGUUAAAUAUUAACACAACCAAUGAUAAAAAUGACCGUAAUAUGAUCAGAUUGUUACAUUUAAUUUACUCAAAAUGGUGCUUUGAUAAUAAAUGAAUAUAAAACGUUAUUGUUUAAAAAGGACUAGAAGCCAGGUUCCCAUCAUUUAAAAGACGUAUAAUGAAAUAAUGGUGGUGGACAGUAUCCAGUGGCUAAAAAAACCUUAAUAGGGCAUAGAUAUGAGGUCAUGCUAGAUAACAAACUGUAUAAAAAAUGAAGGUUUUUGACCAAGAGAGUCAGAUCUCAGCUGACAUCUCGGGUUUGUUGGUUUGCUCAAUAAACUCUAACCUUUGGC